GGGUCACCUCCGGGCCUCCCCUGUGCCGGGCGGACACCAUGCCGGGGCUGGCGGCCGAGGGGGAGGCCGAGGGCUGGAGCCCGUCCCCGCCGCUGUACGAGGAGUACCGGCCGCCGCCCCUGGACAGCAUCCACCUGCCCAGGUACGUGCUGUACCUGCUGCUGGCCGCGCUGGUGGUGGUGGCCGUCGCCUACGCCAUCGUCGGGCACCUCAUCAAAGACCUCGCGCACGACCUGGCCGACUGGGCGUUUGGCCCGAAGCCAGACCAGGAGGCCGCACCCCGGGAGCUGCGCCCCAGCCUGACCGGCGAGGACUUGGAGGGGCUGGACCUGCAGCUGGCCCUGGCCUGGCAGGGCGAGGAGGACGCCGGCGGGGGUGGGGAGGGAGCCCCCUCUGAACCCCCGCCUCCCCCGGAGCCCCGCAGACCCUCCAUUGCCUUCAAGGACCCCCCAUCCCGAAGCUCCUUCUGGAAGCUGAUGGCAACUUGAAUCCUGAAUCCGGGUUCCGGACGCUUUGGCAGUCGUGUAGACAGAACUUACGCGCGCCGGAGCCCUUUCUGCAAACCCUGAGCUGCCCGGUCGCAGCGGAUGGCUUUCUCCUUCCCAGCAGACGGGUUUCUUUUUCCCAGCCGGCAGGUUCCGGGGGUUGGACGCUGGCGACUUUCACAUACGCAGAGCCUGCCCGGCUCAGCCUCAGCCAAGCCGUCAGCAAACUGUGAAUUAGAAACACUAGGGCGAUUUAAAACGUUGUAAUAUUAUCGGCCAGCCUUACCGAGUGCUUAGCGUGUACCUGCUGCUGUGCAGAGCAGGCUUUUUCUAUGCAGUAUCUCAUUUAAUCCUCCGAGGUAGGACUGAUCGCCCCCACUUAACAGAUGGGGAAACCGAGGCACGCAGUGAUGAAGUGGCUUCACCGAGGUCUCAGAGCACAGAGUGCUUUUCUCAGAAAAAGGCCAGGCAACUGACUGACUUUGGAGGGCCGGAUCUCCAAGGCGGGUCCUGCCCCCACCACCUCUGCUGGGCUCCCCUAGCUCCAAAUCUUCUCCAGCCCCCACCUCGGCUGCUGGGUCUGCUUGUCUCUGGGGGGUGGUCCUGACUUCCUAAUCAGAUCGAGAGCUCCCAGACAGCACCAAGGCCUCCUUCCCUUCCAAGCCCUGCACAAGACGGGAUACACAGUCAGAGUUUAAUAGAUGCCUGCCUGGCUGGUU